CGUUCUAUUGCUUUAAUUAAGCAUACAUUAGACAGAUAUAGCCCUCCUCUCAUCUUCGUUUUCAUCUUAUAUAUAUACCUCGUCAUUUGCCACAUUCAUGAGAGAAAUUAAGAGAGGUCUGCUUUCUGUCUGGUUUUUGCAUUUUUUGUGUCAGAGUCAGAGAUAGAGUAAAAGAGCUGCUUCAUUUCUUAUCUUCUUGUAAACCAUUAAUUUUGUGUUCAAGAGAGAUAUGGAGAUAGAAAGAGUGGAGAUUGGAAGACCUAAAGAAGACAUCGAUGAAGAAGAUGGACGUCAAAGAGAAGGCACAGUAUGGUCCGCAACAGCACACUGUAUUACAGCAGUGAUUGGUUCAGGAAUACUAGCAUUAUCAUGGAGUGUGGCCCAACUGGGUUGGAUUCUCGGUCCACCUGUUCUACUCGUUUUUGCUGCCAUCACCUAUUAUACUUCAACUCUAUUAGCUGAUUGCUACAGGUCUCCACAUCCGAUCACUGGCUCUAGAAACCGGACUUAUAUGGCUGUUGUUAGAUCCUAUCUUGGUCCUAAAGAUGUAUUUAUGUGUGCAAUAGCACAAUAUGCAAACCUUUGGGGUGCUAUGAUCAGUUAUACGUUAACCGCUUCCAUCAGUAUGAUGUCAGUGACGAGAUCAAACUGCUACCAUGAACGAGGACAAACUGCAAAAUGCACAACGAAUGGAAAUCUGUUCAUGGUUAUGUUUGGAGCAGCUCAGAUUGUAUUAUCUCAACUUCCAAACAUGGAGAAGAUAACAUGGUUAUCAGUGAUGGCUGCAACGAUGUCGUUUGCCUAUUCUAUUAUUAGCCUCUGUCUGUGUUUAUUUAAAUGGUUCUCCAACCAUGGUGAUGUUCAAGGUACUCCUUUUGGUAUUAUGGCCAGUCACGCAGCUGGGCUAUCGCCAGCUUUAAAAACAUGGAAUGCCUUUCAAGCCUUAGGAAACAUUGCUUUUGCAUAUACUUUCGCCGAGGUCAUGAUCGAAAUUCAGGAUACUUUGAGAUCGCCUCCUUCAGAAAAUGUAAUAAUGAAGAAGGCAAACUUGUAUGGUAUUGGGACAACUACAAUCUUCUAUCUAUCGAUAGGUUGUGUUGGAUAUGCAGCUUUCGGUAACAAUACUCCUGGAAACAUCCUUACAGGGUUUUACGAACCAUUUUGGCUAGUUGAUUUAGCCCACAUCUGUAUUGUAAUCCAUCUUGUUGGAGCUUACCAGGUAUUCGCACAGCCAAUAUUCGCAACAAUCGAAAGGAAUAUCGUAUCGAAAUGGCCAGAAGCAACUUUCAUAAAUAACGUCUACACCGUAAGACUCCCAUUGACUAAAGGAGGUUGUUUGAGCUUCAACUUAUCGAAGCUUCUAAUUCGAUCAAUUUUUAUUGUCUUGACGACGUUGGUUUCCAUGUUACUGCCUUUCUUCAAUGCCAUCAUGGGUUUACUAGGUGCAUCGUCAUUUUGGGCUUUAACUGUAUAUAUUCCAGUAACAAUGUGCAUCGUUCAAAGAAAGAUAGGGAGAGGAUCAUUGAGAUGGAUUAUGUUGCAGAGUUUGUCAGGAUUUUGCUUCAUUGCAUCUUUUCUUGCAGCAGUCGGUUCAGUUGCAGGUAUAAUAGAUAGUCUUAAAGGUGCUAAACCAUUUCAUAUCGAAUAUUAAGGUUUGUAUGUAACCAGAAAGAAGUAAAUAUUGUAAUCAACUACAAGAAAACCUAAGUAAAUAUGUUUCUUGUAUUUCCUUUUACGUUGUCAGAUAUUUCUGUUCAAUACAGUAUUAUUGUACGUAGUUUGUAGGUGAAUUAUGAGGUACAACCAUACCGAUGAAGUUGAAUAUAUGUUAAUCAUUCUAAUA